UGAUUUCCUUCUCUCUUUAGUUUUACUUCACAGUGAAUAAGACAGGACCAUGUUUCAGCUUAAACUGCUUCGAAGACCUCUGCCUCCAAAGGUAGAAAGAGAACGACUGCUACCAAAGAAGAAAAAGUACAAAGGUGCUAUUGAAGAAGAUAAAGAAUUCAAAAAAAUAUCAGCGAUAGAGGAUGUCCAGCUUGCAGCACCUGAGAAGAAGCAACCAAUUGUUCUGUGUUUUCCAGACUAUGAUUUUGGAAUACAAAUUCCCAAGAGAAAUUUUGUUAUUCCUCUGCAGACUAGUGGGCCUCCUAGUUUCCCAAUACAAAAUCGUCGUAGACCAUUCCGCUUUCGCAUGCCUGCCCUCAGAGACCGCCCAUAUUUAGAUUCAGAUUUUAUACUACGAGGCCUGGCUAUAUUCGUAACUGGUCUUCAUCUUCGGGUUUUGCCAUCUGAAAUUAGAAAGCCAAUACUUUCUAGUCACAACUAUGAAAUACUAUCUAGCCAGCUGAUUGCUGUAGAGAGAAGAGGCCCUGAAGCAAUCUCUAGCAUAAUAUUCUCGUAUGAUGAUCUACCCCUUGUUGAACAACGAAAACCUACAAGCUUGAUUCUAUUAGAAAAUAUGCUGAAGGAGAGGAGCUUCCUCCGUGAUGUAGAGGAAGAGGAGUCCUCGAGUGAGGAUGAGGAUGAAGAUGAGGAUGAGGAAGGCUUCCAGGGUGAAGAGAGGGAUGGCUUUGCUGCUGAUGGAGAGACCAGUUUCCUGGCAAAAAAACGGAAAAAGAAAAGAGUGACUUAUGCAGAAUCAGCAGAAGACAUCGAUUUUUCAGCAACCUUAAUCUCUGGUGUUUCCUAUAAACCACUGUCAUGGGAGGAGGAAGAGGAGAAUCAAUUAAAAGAAAAGGCUGAAAUGGCAAAAUCCUUCUGCUUAACACAUAGAAGAACUGGGCUGAGUCUUAAGGCGUAUUUUCUGUCUCAACUUCCUGACCUCUUACCUUUGGCAGACUUUUUGGUGUAUCUUAACCUGUCAUUCAAUUGCCUGUCUUCCUUUCCCACAGUGGUAUUUCAUCUUAAACACUUAGAGGUGCUAAAGCUUCGAAACAACCCCAUAAAAUUCAUCCCUGAAGAAAUCAGCCAGAUGACGAAUCUUAAAUGUUUGGUUAUGUCCUUCAAUUUGCUAACUUCUCUUCCAGCUGGGCUCUUUGCUUUGCCAAGCCUGGAGAGCCUUGAUGUUUCCUAUAAUGAACUUGAAACUAUCCCUCAUGAUAUUGAACAGCUCAGUGACCUGACAUACCUCAACAUAGAAGGGAAUUUCCUCACUGUUUUGCCUUGCUCGGUACUGAAACUUGACUUGAAACGCCUGAAGUUGGAAAAUAACUUCUUACAUCCCUACUUCUGGGAUGAAAUCUGCCAGCUUCAACCACAACGACUCACUGACCUGGCUGCUCAUUGUUUUGCCAAACAUAAGCUGUGGAAAAAGCAUCGUCACAUCCCAAAGGACAUUGAGGAGAUAUUGUGCAACUACAGGAUUUGUGAUUGCUGCCCAGGACCACUGUAUGGAGACGGCCUUCAUUUCAUUUAUCCUCAUAAAAAUGUGUAUGGACUUAGACUUCCUUACCUGUUUUGCUCCUGCUCACCAACUUGCUAUAAGGAGUACUUAUCUAGAGCUGCCUCACAGUAAAGGGUAACAAUGCUGAUAAAUAAAGAGCCAACCAAUUACAUUGAGCAUAGUUCCAAGUCUUGGUGAGUUGAAUUGUGCCACUUCAGUGCAAAAAUCAGUUGAAAUAGCCUGUAUUAUUUCUUCUAAACCUUUUCCAAGGACAGGAAUCUGGAGUAAGCCAGUUUUGUUAUCGUGUCAUUUUUCAAUUUGUUUCAAAAUCCUAAUUUAUUUGGCAACAGAUGCACAUUGUUUUGCCACAUUUUCUAUAAUGCCAUCCUGACCCAGUCAGAAAUGUAAAGUGUGAUUUAGCUGCAAACAAUGACUUAGAAUCUUAACAUUAUCCAUGCCCAAUUAGAAAUUAGGCAAGGUUCCCACUCCCCAUUCUGAAUGUAAAUGGAACAGGGUAGUUAAGCCAAGCAGGCAUCAUUAGGUGCUUGUUUAAUGCAGCAAUUACUGUUAUACUGUCUGCCUUCCAAAACAUAAUAAAAUCUUCUUUACUA